AUGCAAAAGGAAAUCAACGCUCUUCGAGGUAAGGAUCUUUUUCGCAAGACCGCUUCUGAACUCUACUUGGUUCCUAAUGUUCAAAUUCCGCCCAAAUUCAAAGUACCAGACUUCGAGAAAUACAAAGGAAAUUCAUGUCCUCAAAGUCAUCUGGUGAUGUAUGCUAGGAAGAUGUCCACUCAGACUGACAACCAUCAGCUUCUGAUCCACUACUUUCAAGACAGUUUAACUGGUGCCGCUCUUAAGUGGUACAUGGGCUUAAACAACACGAAGAUCCGUACUUUCAAUAACCUUUGUGAAGAUUUUGUUCAUCAAUACAAAUAUAACAUAGAUAUGGCUCUGGACAGAGAUCAACUCCGGGCCAUGUCUCAAAAAGACAAAGAGAGUUUCAAGGAAUAUGCUCAAAGGUGGCAUGAAAUUGCUGGACAAAUUUUCCCUCCACUUGAAGAGAAAGAGAUGACUAAAAUCUUUUUAAAAACUCCGAGUUCAUUCUACUAUGACUGCAUGAUCGCCAACGCACCCAAUGAUUUCACCGAGAUGGUAAACAUGGGCAUGCGACUUGAGGAAGCAGUCUGA